AUGGUUCUGUCUACAGUCACAUUCCUAGGAACAUUAACAAAAACUAAAGCACGAAGAAAUAAUUUUACUGGAUUUAUAUGUGCCUUAACAAAGUCACCUGGUUUACACAUUAGUGUUCAGGUCUUGCUCAUAUCAUCGCAGGAAUACAGAAAAGAAAGUUGGAAGAUGCUGUAUGUAGUUACAGUUAUUGUGAUUGUCAGUUUAUUAGAACAGACUAAUGCUGCGCCAUGUAGUGGAACACAAAUAUCUGUAUGUAAUUGUGAAGACACAAGAGUCUUUUGUAAUGGCAGAAAUUUAACAACAAUACCUAGUGAUAUACCAAUAACUACAACCCGUCUAGACUUAGACGACAACCAUAUUUCGACUUUAGCAGAAGAUGCAUUUGCUGAUCUCGUGUCUUUGGAAAGCAUAACUCUUUUCAACAAUGCUUUAGGCAGUUUACCAGCAGAGUUGUUUUCAUUUAACACAAACCUGGAGUUUAUAUCUUUACGACGCAACAAUCUUAGCAGUUUGCCACCAGAGUUGUUUUCUAUGAAUACCAAGCUUCAGAAUAUGUAA